CAUUUCAUCUCCAUUACGCCCCACCCAUCUCCACACUUCCAGUUAUCUCUCUCUCUCUCUCUCUCUCUCUCUCUCUCUCACUUUGGUUUCUCUCUCUAGAAUUUGGUAGUGGCGCGCUUCGCUUGCUUGUCCGCUUUAUGCGCCAAGUUGAUUACUUUUGAGGAUUGAUUGAGAGAAUCAAGGUUGAUAGCAUGCACUCUUCCGUUAUGUUCUGCAUGCCUAAUUAGAGGUAGAGGAGCAUGGAAACUACAUUGAUCCAGCAUUAAUGUCAUUUCUUUUUCUAGAGAUAGAAGAUGGAAAUUACCAUUAUCAAAGCGGAGAAAGAUGGCCAAAAGAAAGAAGAUUCAUUACAGAGCACGAGUACGGAUAAGAAAUUACCAGAUGACCGUAGUUUGUCCAAAAGGCCGGUAAAAAAGGUAAAGCCUAAAGAUGUGCUGGUAUUAAAUGUUAGGCAGCAAUCACAAAGUGGUGAAAGUUGCAUUCGCAACUCAUUCCUUCGUAAUAUUCGCAGCUUAGAAAGUAGGAUUCCAAAGCAGAUUGUUAGUCUUGAUGAAAAGUAUCUUUGGCAUUGCCUAGAAUUGAUAUAUGCCAGUGCAGCAAAAGCAGCCUCAUGCAAUAUUCCAGAGUGUUUGGGUUAUUUACAGAUGGGUAAUUUGUCUGACCACUCGAGUUCACUGAAAAUCAGAAAUAGUGUUGCUUGUAAUUUAACUAAAUUUGCUAUUGGAUGCCCAUUGGAAGCUGGGACUGGGAAUGUAGUUGUAAACCCUGUUGGAGAAUGGAUUGUUGGUACAAUCACUGGGAGCAAGAGUAUUAUGAACUUGUUGAAAAGCCCUUUAUUUCGCCAAUUUGGUGCCGCAGAGAGUGACAUUAACUUUGGGAGGACAAAUCUAAUAGAUGAUAUGAAAUCAGUAGGUUCUAAUUUUACGAGUUCUCCUGGUUGGUUGAGCAUUAGUGCAUCACAGAAGCUAGAAAAGAAGGCGGUGGUACUAAAAAAUGAUAGGUAUGGAUCUGAACCUGUGCAUAAAAGGCUCAUUUCUGUAUCAAGCACAAACUCUAUUUCCUCAGAUCAGACUUCUUCGGUGUCCAUUGGUAUUACUCAGGCAAUGCUCCAUUGCACAUGGAAAUCUGGAUUUCCUCAUUAUGUCUUCUCCGUAGAUGAUCAGAAGGAGGUGUAUGUAGCAAACCUAGUUAAGGUUGACUCACCAGAUAACACGGUCUUUGAUUAUAUGUACAUGUUUCAUGGUGGCAGAAAGGAAUACGAGGUUCAUACAAAUGAGUCAGAUCUUGUUGGUAAGAUGAGAGUAUCUACAAAGUAUACACAUUGCCCCAAUAAUUCAGAAAUCAAAGAGACUCAGUUUGUUUUGUUUGGCUCUGAUGCGAGUUCGGUGGGAGAGAAACAACCUUCAAGCCAUACACUUAAAAAGCAUAAAGGGUUGUCGAGGAAGAUGGUAGAGGUAUUCAAGCCUAGUCAUCCAUCUAGGGCAAGGAGCUCCUCCAAAUUUGCAGGGACGACUACCAUAUUUGAAAACUCUACAAAGCCAUGUUCAGAUUCAUUAGGUGCUGCCAAGCUUUCAGAUAAUUAUCUGCCACCAAAUCUUGAAUUGGCUGCAAUUGUCGUGAAAGACCAUAUUUGUGGCAGUGGGCAGGAGGCAGAAAUUGGAGGAUGGGGCAUGAAAUUUCUCAAGAAAGUUGAGACUAGGCAGACUGUUGCAUCUGUAGAAGCCUCACCUUCUGAUUAUUGUCUAAGAAAUACCAGUGAUUGCUCUACGUGUGUAGACAUUCUAAUUCCGCUGGUUCAUGGUGGCCAAACAAACAGAAUUGGUGGCCCUUCUAGCCUCAUUGAGAGAUGGAGAUCUGGUGGGCGCUGUGACUGUGGUGGCUGGGACAUUGGAUGUCCACUCACAGUAUUCAACACCAGGCCAAGCGAAAAAGAGGCUUUGCCCCAAGCAGAUAUGCCAGGGGACUGCAGGUCAUUUGAAUUAUUUAUUCAGGGCUCAACGCAAUGUGCAACACCUAUCAUGAAAAUGAUGAAUAUUCGUGAUGAUUUGUAUUUUAUUAAUUACCAAUCAACUCUAUCCGCUUUACAAUCUUUCUCGAUUGCCGUGGCAAUUAUUCAUACUCGGAGUCCUGCCCUCCAACCCAAAGUGUACAGGAGUUGAAGUUGCAAGAAUCAAGGAGGUUUAUGUAGUUUUAGUGCUCAUAGUUUAAUACAGUCAGUGAAAUUAUUUAUACAGAAAUCGAGAUGUGUAUUUUUAUGUAUUAUUGGUGUUGAUUGUCUAUUGUUAGAUUAUUGUCUGAUAUUUGAGGUUAGCUGGUAUCAAUAUAGCUAACUUCUUGUCACGUGUCUCAUUAGGCAGACAUAAAUCCUGUAAUCCAUCUCUUUUUGACUGACUGUAGAAGGGUUUUAUUUAGAGUGAAUUUGAUUUUAUUUGUCAAUAUAUUUUGUCAUACAUGAAAUUGUUUCUGCAA